AUGAGCAACUCAAAGAGCCGUGUUGCAGAGUGCGAGUUCGAGCACAACGACCUCAUCCCGGGGAUGCCGGACGACGUCGCCGUCGACUGCCUGGCGCGCGUCCCGCACUGCGCCUUCCGCUCGAUGCGGCGCGUCUGCCGAGGGUGGAAGAGCGCCGCCGCGGCGCCAGAUUUCGCCUUGGCGCGCGCCGAGGCCGGCGCGAACGAGGAUCUGGUGUACCUCCUGCAGUUCGGCAACCCGGCCGCCGGGGACGACUCCCCCAAGGACGACUCCUCGGCCUACGGGGUGGCCGUGUACAACGUCACCACCGGCGAGUGGCACCGCGAGCGCGAGGCGCCGCCGAUGCCGAUGUUCGCGCAGUGCGCGGCCGUGGGGACCCGCCUCGCGGUGAUGGGCGGCUGGGACCCCAAGACCUUCGAGCCUGUCUCGGACGUCCACGUGCUAGACGCAGCCACCGGCGUCUGGAGGCGGGGCACGCCGAUGCGGUCGGCACGGUCAUUCUUCGCGUGCGCCGAAGCAGGGGGCAAGAUCUACGUGGCCGGCGGCCACGACAAGCUCAAGAACGCUCUCAAGACGGCGGAGGCGUACGAUGCGGAGGCCGACGGCUGGGACCCUCUGCCUAACAUGUCGGAGGAGCGCGACGAGUGCGACGGCAUGGCCACCGUCGCCGGCGACAAGUUCAUGGCAGUGAGCGGGUACCGCACGGGCCGGCAGGGCGGGUUCGAGCGCGACGCCGAGUGGUUCGACCCGGCGACCCGCGAGUGGCGCCGCCUGGAGCGUGUGCGGGCGCCGCCGUCGGCGGCGCACGUGGUGGUGCGCGGCCGGGUGUGGUGCAUCGAGGGCACGGCCGUGAUGGAGUGGCGCGGGGAGCGCCGAGGCUGGAUCGAGGUGGGACCCUACCCGCCGGGGCUCAAGGCUGGCACGGCACGCGCCGUCGCCGUCAGCGGCGGUGAGCGCGUGGUGGUCACCGGCGCCAUCGAGUCCGGCGGGCACGCGCUUUGGGUGUUCGACGUCAAGUCCAAGAGCUGGACCGUGGUGCCCCCUCCGCCGGAGUUUGCCGGCUUCGUCUUCUCUGUGGCUUCUGUCCGCGUGUGAUGCAUUUCGUCUUCGUCGUUGCCGAACAUCCAUCUCUGGCCGACCAAAAAGACAACUACUCCUCUUCUAGAGUAAAUCCCUCCUUAGAACUUUCAGGUUAUAUGCGGCCAUGGGAAACAAUGUGCUGGAAAAUCAAGGAGUUGUCGGCAAUUCGCGCUGGAAAAUCAAGGAAUGUUCAUAAUGCAGUCAUCGAUCUCAGUCUGCAGAUGGCGGCGAUGGAUACUGCCUUGAAGUUGAAGCACUGAAGUGAGCAGUCAGUUACUACCUCCGGUUUCAUACACAUCUGCUCCUCCAGGUUUUAUGCUCUGGUGUCCACAUCACAGCAAGUCAGCAACACAACAACAUGGCAGCUCACAGAAACCCUUGUGCCAAUUAUAGCAAGGAGUACGAAGACUGAACAUGAAAAGAUGGGCGCAAUUUCUGUAAUCUAUUACUCUAGACUUUAUUUCCCCAAAUUUGAUGGUGAUAAUCAAGUUGAGUGGAGGUGGCAAUGAGAAAAAUACUUUCAAAUGACUGCUA